AUGCAGGAAUGGGCCAACCAACUAUGCGAGAACCGACAAUUUGGGUCCAAGAUGACAGACUCAAAGUACUUCACCACCACCAAAAAAGGUGAAAUCUUUGAACUCAAAGCUGAGCUGAACAGUGAUAAAAAAGAGAAAAAGAAGGAGGCAGUGAAGAAAGUGAUUGCGUCUAUGACUGUUGGCAAGGAUGUCAGUGCCCUCUUUCCAGAUGUUGUCAACUGCAUGCAGACGGACAACCUGGAGCUGAAAAAGCUGGUCUACCUCUAUCUGAUGAACUAUGCCAAAAGUCAGCCAGACAUGGCCAUCAUGGCUGUCAACACCUUUGUGAAGGACUGUGAAGACCCCAAUCCUCUAAUUCGGGCUCUGGCUGUUCGCACCAUGGGCUGCAUUCGUGUGGACAAGAUCACAGAGUAUCUGUGCGAGCCACUUAGGAAGUGUUUGAAAGAUGAAGACCCCUAUGUGAGGAAGACUGCAGCUGUGUGUGUAGCCAAACUCCAUGAUAUCAACGCACAACUGGUGGAAGAUCAAGGAUUUCUCGACACCCUCAAAGACCUUAUCUCAGACUCAAACCCCAUGGUGGUUGCAAAUGCAGUGGCAGCGCUGUCCGAGAUCGCAGAGUCUCAUCCCAACAGUAAUCUUCUAGACCUGAACCCUCAAACCAUUAACAAGUUGCUGACAGCUCUUAAUGAGUGUACAGAGUGGGGACAGAUCUUCAUUCUCGACUGCCUGGCCAAUUACACACCUCGUGAUGACCGCGAGUCUCAAAGCAUCUGUGAACGUGUCACCCCGCGGCUCUCCCAUGCAAACUCUGCCGUGGUGUUGUCGGCUGUUAAGGUUCUCAUGAAGUUUAUGGAGAUGCUGCCAAAAGACCUAGACUACUAUGGAACCUUACUAAAGAAGCUGGCUCCUCCGUUGGUCACUCUCCUGUCUGCUGAGCCCGAGUUGCAAUAUGUAGCACUGAGAAAUAUCAAUCUCAUCGUACAAAGACGACCGGAGAUCCUGAAACAUGAAAUGAAGGUUUUCUUUGUGAAAUACAAUGAUCCAAUUUAUGUUAAACUGGAGAAAUUGGACAUCAUGAUUCGCUUGGCAUCCCAAGCUAACAUUGCCCAGGUUCUGGCUGAGUUGAAGGAAUAUGCCACUGAGGUGGAUGUGGACUUUGUCCGUAAAGCUGUGCGGGCUAUUGGACGCUGCGCCAUUAAAGUAGAGCAAUCUGCGGAGCGCUGUGUCAGUACGCUGCUUGACCUUAUCCAGACAAAGGUCAACUAUGUUGUGCAGGAAGCUAUUGUGGUCAUCAAGGACAUCUUUCGCAAGUACCCCAACAAGUAUGAGAGUGUGAUUGCCACUUUGUGUGAAAACCUGGACUCACUAGAUGAACCGGAAGCACGUGCAGCCAUGAUUUGGAUUGUGGGGGAGUAUGCCGAGCGCAUCGACAAUGCUGAUGAACUACUUGAGAGCUUUUUGGAGGGUUUCCAUGACGAAAGCACUCAGGUGCAGUUACAACUUUUAACAGCCAUUGUUAAGUUGUUCCUUAAAAAACCGACGGAGACCCAAGAGCUGGUGCAGCAGGUCCUCAGUCUGGCAACUCAGGACUCUGAUAAUCCAGACCUUAGGGAUCGCGGCUACAUCUACUGGCGUCUUCUUUCCACUGACCCAGUGGCCGCUAAGGAGGUGGUUCUGGCUGAGAAGCCCCUAAUUUCCGAGGAGACCGACUUGAUUGAGCCCACGCUGCUGGAGGAACUCAUAUGCCACAUUGGUACUUUGGCCUCUGUCUAUCACAAGCCGCCCAGCGCCUUCGUGGAGGGCAGUCGUGGUGUUCAACACAAGAGACUCCCCGGCAGUGCUGGAUCCGGCGAAAGCGUGGAGAGCCCUGACACAGGUUCUGCUGCUGUCACUUCUGAGGCGCCCCCUGCAGUCAUUCCGUCCCAGGAUCUUCUUGGAGAUCUGCUCAAUCUGGAUCUAACGCCUACAACCACAACUGGGCCACCGCCUCCGUCCUCCGGCCUGCAAAUGGGGGCUAUGGACCUUCUCGGAGGAGGACUGGAUAGCCUGAUGGGGGAUGAGUCUGAGCCGCCGCCCGUUCCCCUGCGGACAGACACUCCUCAGUCACCGCAGCCCCUCCAUCAAUCCCCAUCGCCCCCAGAUUACAGCCCGACUGAGAUUGGUGGAGACCUUGGAGGAAGUCCUGCUAUGCCAGCUGGCUUUGGCGCACCACCCGCUGCCGUACCGCCUGCUUUCACCGCCCCUGUAAGUGGUGGUCUGGAUGACUUGUUUGACCUUGGCGGUGGAGUUGGUAUGCCAGUGAGUGCCUAUGUGCCUCCCAAAACACUUUGGCUUCCAGCUAUGAAGGCGAAGGGCUUGGAGAUUACUGGAACAUUUGGUCGUCGAGCUGGAGUUGUUCAAAUGGAGAUGACUCUUACGAAUAAAGCAAUGAGUGUCAUGACUGAUUUUGCCAUUCAAUUCAAUAGAAACAGUUUUGGUUUGGCACCUGCUGGUCCUCUCCAGGUUCUGACUCCAGUUAGCCCAAACCAGAGUAUCGAGGUGGUUCUUCCCCUCAACACUGUGGGACCUGUCAUGAAGAUGGAGCCUCUCAAUAACCUACAGGUGGCUGUGAAGAACAACAUUGACGUCUUCUACUUCAGCUGCCAGUACCCCAUCAGCAUGCUCUUCGUAGAGGACGGGAAGAUGGAGCGACAGGUGUUCCUAGCCACGUGGAAAGACAUUCCGAAUGAAAAUGAGUCCAAGUUCCAGCUGAACGACUGCCAUCUUAACUCAGAUGCGGCCUCCAGCAAACUGCAGGGAAGCAACAUCUUCACCAUAGCUAAGCGAACUGUGGAAGGUCAGGAUAUGCUGUACCAGUCCAUGAAACUCACCAAUGGAAUUUGGGUUCUUGCUGAGCUUAGGGCCCAGGCAGGAAACCCUAACUACACACCUGCUCUUGAUCUUCUUCAGGUCUCUCUGAGAUGCAGAGCCCCUGAGGUUUCCCAGUGCGUCUUCCAGAGCUAUGAGGCGGUGCUGAAGAACUGA